UUUCAAGGUUGUACAGAAAUCAGAGAUUGAGAUUUUCUAAACUUGUACAAAGUAGGAUGAAACAUAUUAUUCUGCUAAUUACGAAAAACAAAACUUGUUUUGUUUUUCAGACCCUUCCUCAUUACUACCCUUUCUUAGCAGUUAAACCGUAGUGUAUGAUGGAGCGCAACCUACCAACUACAACAUCUUUCGAAAAUGACUAUGAGCACAAUUCUUAAAUGUUUUUCUCGCGGCUAUGCUACGACCGCUCCUCGCGCUACGGAUUCUCUUCAAAAUAUUUACAUCUCUGCUUUGAAAUCUUACAAACCCAAAGCUACACCUGCUGCUGCUGCUGUUGAAGCCAAGGAAUGGGUAAUGCCUGCCGCACCUACUGCUCCCAACUACGACCUCGACUUUUCCUCUGCUUUGGAUUCCUACAAGUAUGAUGGUCAAACCAUCGAAGCAAAGACAUCUCAGCAAGGUGAAAGCUUAGACUUUAUGGAAAAGUAUACAAAAGAUGAAGCACCUUCUGCCGCCGAGCAUUGAGAUGCUUAACUUGCUUGACUUUUUUGUUACAGUUUCUAAGGCGAUGAUUGAUUUUUAUUCCUACGAAGUCAAAAUUCUAGUCUUUCUCUUGACUUUCUUUCGAUAUAUACAUCUUUCCCUUCUCAUUCAACUUCUAUUUAGGCUUUGUUAAUUUUGAGAGAUUUCCAUGAUGCUGAUUUUCCAUAAUUGGCGGAUUCAUAUUUAGCAAACAAAUGUGAGAUUUUUUCGUACUGGCUCUACUUUCCAUCUUUAACCCUUCGACGCUUACGAUCCCCGUGAUAGUAUGAAGGCGAAGACAGCUUAGUUCAGUUUCGUUUCGUUUAGCUUGAAAAAAUCCUCCAUGAGGUUUGCUAAAUUCUAACUUUCUCGAAUACAACUUUUAACAAAAAUACAACUUUUAACGAUAACUUCCCAAUUAUAUUUAGGCAGUAUUUGAUAUAUAAAAACCAGAGGCAAAACCAAGUAUGACCUUCAGCAUGA